AAAAGAACGAGGCCGUCCGCUGUUUAUCAAAAUCGAAACCCUCGUCUUCCCCCACGCUCCCACACCACACACGAAUAAAUUACUCUUCAAGAAAGGAGUGAGGGGAAUUCUCUUCCCAAGAUCCUUUUAUUGCUGAAUCAUAGCGUCGUCAUCGUGGGUGCGUGUUCGGAUCCGCAUUAUGUUCAAUCGUCGCAACAUUGACGGGGGGAAAGGGUUUGCCGCUUGAUUUCAUAGUUUAGACCGAGUGAUGAAAAUCACUGGUGAAGUUUCCCAGAUGGCAGUUUGCAAUUAUAAAUUAGUCUCAAGAAUUGGGGUCGCAUUCAAGUGAGUGGAAUUUGGUGUAAGAUUAUUGAAUAUGUCUCAGCAGUCAUCACGCCUUAAUCGGUUGCUUACAUUGCUGGACACGGGUUCAACCCAAGCAACAAGGUUCUCUGCAGCACGGCAGAUAGGGGAUAUUGCCAAAUCACAUCCGCAGGACUUAAAUGCUCUUUUAAGUAAGGUUUCACAGUAUCUACAUAGUAAAAAGUGGGAUACCAGGGUAGCGGCAGCUCGAGCUGUUGGAUCUAUUGCUGAGAAUGUGAAACAUGUGACUUUGACUGAACUUGCUGCCUCUGUUGAUGCAAAAUUGUCAGAAGCUGGGAUAUCUGCCACCUUUGAUGAUGUGGCAACUUGGCAAAAAAACCAUUCGAAAAUUGGAGCAGGCACUUCUUUCAGAAGUUUCGAUCUAAAUAAGGUGUUGGAGUUUGGAGCUUUGGUAGGAUCUGGGGGUCAGGAGUACGAUAUUGCAACUGACAAUUUCAAGAAUCCCAAAGAACGAUUGGCUCGGCAGAAACAAAAUCUUAAGCAUCGAUUAGGUUUAGACGUGUAUGAGCAGUUCAUGGAUGUCAAUGAUAUGAUAAAAGAUGAAGACCUUAUUGUGCAAAAAUACAUUUAUUCUGGGAAUGGAAUAGGGGCUCAGUAUUACUCUUCACAGCCAUCACGGAAUAUCCAGCAGUUUGUCACAAGCAUGGUGCCUGCCUCCAGGUCUAGAAGACCCAGUGCAAGGGAGCUCAAUCUCUUGAAACGGAAAGCCAAAAAUAACUCAAAAGAGCAAUCUAAAGGGUGGCCAAGAGAUGGAGAUACAGAGAGCACGCAAUCACAUGAUAUGGUGUCCCCAAAAAACAUACCUGUGGACUCAUCAAAAUCUUGUAAGCAACUUACAGAUAUUGUUUCUGAUGAUGAGGGUUUUGACAAUUAUGGAGAUGGCUUUUGGCCUUUCCAAAGUUAUGUCGAGCAACUUCUCAUCGAUAUGUUUGACCCUGUUUGGGAGGUUCGCCAUGGCAGUAUCAUGGCACUCAGAGAGAUAUUAACAUAUCAAGGAGCUAGUGCUGGAAUUCUUUUGCCUGAUGUUCAAAAUCCUGACAUGUCAUCUGCUCCUUUGAAACAUAAAGAUAGUGAAUCUAUAAUGAAAAGAGAGAGGGAGAUUGAUUUGAACCUGCAAGUUCCCCUGGAUGAACCAGAACCAAUUAUAAAGAGGCCAAAAAUCGAAGAUGCAUCAAUUUCAACAAGCGACUUUGGAGGCACUUGCGAAGGAGGGCAGAAUCCUCUCGCACAUACAAAUGGUAAAAAUGAAGGUGUUAAGAUGGAGUGUUAUUCUGGCAUUUACGGUACUUCCAGUCCCAUUGACAAUGUUAUGGUGACGAAGGAUAACUCUGAGGAUAAAGGAUCUUUGGAGCCAUUGAAUGCAUUAAAAAGUCUUCCCAAAAACUCCGAGCUCGUGAGUUUAGUGGAAGGAGCAAGAAAUUCUUGGUGCAGGAACUGUGAAUUUCUGCAAGAUUGUGCAAUUCGCUUCUUAUGUGUCUUGUCACUUGAUCGGUUUGGAGACUACGUAUCGGAUCAAGUUGUUGCACCAGUGAGGGAAACCUGUGCUCAAGCUUUAGGUGCUGUGCUCAAGUACAUGCAUCCAGCAUUUGUUCAUGAGACGUUGAACAUUUUGUUGCAGAUGCAGCGUAGACCAGAGUGGGAAAUUCGCCAUGGGAGUCUUUUGGGCAUCAAAUAUUUGGUUGCAGUGCGACAGGAGAUGAUUCACGACUUGCUUGGCUCUGUUCUUCCUGCUUGUAAAUUUGGGCUUGAAGAUCCUGAUGAUGAUGUGAGAGCAGUUGCGGCAGAGGCCUUGAUACCUACUUCAUCGGCCAUUGUUUCCCUCAAUGGUCCAAUUCUGCACUCCAUUAUUAUGCUCCUGUGGGACAUUUUGCUUGACCUGGAUGAUUUGAGUCCUUCCACUAGCAGUGUAAUGAAUCUGUUAGCAGAAAUUUAUUCCCAGGAACAGAUGAUUCCAAAAACUUUUGGUACUUUGGGCUCUACUGAGAAACCAGAGCUUGACCUUAAUGAAAUUGGUGUCACCGAUGAUCUUGAAGAAGGAUUAGGUUCUUUGGAAAACCCUUAUAUGCUGUCGACACUGGCCCCGAGGUUAUGGCCCUUUAUGAGACACAGUAUCUCCUCUGUCCGCCUAUCCGCAAUUCGCACCUUGGAACGCUUGCUUGAAGCUGGUUACAGAAAGAGCAUCUCUGACAAGUCCAACACAUUCUGGCCCUCUUUUAUAGUUGGUGACACCCUAAGAAUUGUGUUCCAGAACUUACUGCUUGAAUCAAAUGAUGAGAUUCUGCAGUGCUCAGAGAGGGUUUGGAAUCUACUGUUGAAAUGCCAGGUUGAAGACUUAGAAAAUGCUGCCAAAUUAUACUUCUCUUCAUGGAUUGAGCUUGGAACCACUCCCUAUGGUUCUCCACUGGAUGCUACCAAAAUGUUUUGGCCUGUAGCCUUGCCACGUAAAAGCCAUGUCAAAGCUGCAGCUAAAAUGAGAGCUGCCAUGCUGGAAAGUGAAUAUUACAAAAAUAAGGCCUUGGAAUCUACAGAAAGCAUGAUGGGGGAGCAAAAUGGAGAUGCUUCUGCCAGCUCGACAAAGAUAAUUGUUGGUUCUGAUACGGAUAUCUCAGUAACUUAUACAAGAGUUGUUACAGCAACAGCUUUGGGCUUAAUGGCUUCCAAGUUGAAUGGUCAAUCAUUACAGUAUGUGGUUGAUCCAUUGUGGAAAGGAUUGACUUCUUUGUCCGGAGUUCAGAGACAGGUGGUUUCAUUGGUUCUCAUAUCAUGGUUUAAAGCAUUGAGUGGAUUUUCAAAGUCAGAUGAAGCAAUUAUUGGCACUUCAAGUGACUUUAGGCUGUGUUUGUUAGAUUUAUUAGCUUGCACCAAUCCUGCAUUUCCCACGAAGGAUUCUCUUCUACCUUAUACUGAAUUGUCUAGAACGUAUAGUAAGAUGCGGAAUGAGGCCAAUCAACUGUAUAGAUCUGUUGAAACAUCUGGACUGUACAAUGAUUUCUUGUCAUCAUCUAAUGUGGACAUGGAGAGUCUGAGUGCAGAUGAUGCUAUUAAUUUUGCAUCACAGCUUUCAUUUUCAAGUAAUGGGUCUUCUCGGCAAGAAUCUGAUGGAGGGAACCUAUUUGAUGAAUUAGAGUCUCUGAAGCAAAAGCUUCUAACCACUGCUGGCUAUCUUAAAUGCGUUCAGAACAACAUGCAUCUUACUGUCUCAUCUUUAUUGGCUGGUGCUGUUGUAUGGAUGUCAGAUCUCCCAGCAAAGCUUAAUCCAAUUAUUUUGCCUAUUAUGUCUUCCAUCAAACGAGAACAGGAGGAGAUAUUGCAAAAUAAAGCUGCCGAGUCUCUUGCUGAGCUCAUCCAUCAUUGCAUUGAACGCAAACCUGGUCCAAAUGAUAAGCUAAUAAAAAAUCUUUGUACUUUAGCUUGCAUGGACCCUCAUGAGACACCCAAGGCCGUGGCCCUAAGUUCUGUUGAGAUAAUUGAAGACCAAGACCUUCUAUCAUUUGGAAGUAGCAGUAGUGGCAGACAAAAAUCGAAAGUUAAUAUGUUUACUUCUGGUGAAGAUAGAUCGAAGGUCGAAGGUUUUGUCAGCAGACGUGGGUCUGAACUUGCGUUGAAAUAUUUAUGCAUGAAGUUUGGUAGUUCUCUGUUUGACAGGCUUCCUAAGAUUUGGCACUGCCUCAUCGAGGUUAUUAAGCCUUGUGAGAUUGAGGGCAUAACACCAGAAGUUGAAAAGUUGAUUGAUCAAUCUAUUGGUCUCAUCAGCGAUCCCCAGAUUUUAAUAAACAAUAUUCAAGUGGUGCGUUCCAUUGCUCCUUUCUUGGAUUUCACACUGAGGCACAAGCUGCUUACACUUUUGCCCUGCAUUUUCCGAUGUGUUAGACAUUCUCAUAUUGCUGUCAGACUGGCUGCAUCACGUUGUAUCACAGCAAUGGCUAAGUCAAUGACUAUGGAUGUUAUGGGCCCCCUUAUUGAGAAUGUUGUUCCUAUGCUAGGUGACAUGGUAUCUGUGCAUGCCAGACAAGGAGCUGGCAUGCUUGUAAGUUUACUCGUUCAAGGAUUGGGUUUGGAACUUGUCCCAUAUGCUCCUCUGUUGGUUGUUCCCCUAUUGAGGUGCAUGAGUGACUGUAAUCCAUCUGUCAGACAGAGUGUGACACAUAGUUUUGCCGCACUUGUUCCUCUUCUUCCACUAGCACGAGGUAUCGCCCCACCUGUUGGCAUUACUGACCGUUUGUCUAGAAAUAAAGAAGAUGCAAUGUUUCUUGAGCAACUAGUGGACAACUCUCACAUUGAUGAUUACAGGCUUGCCUUUGAACUAAAAGUUACCUUGAGGAGAUAUCAACAGGAAGGUAUAAACUGGCUAGCUUUUUUGAAGCGGUUUAACCUUCAUGGCAUAUUAUGUGAUGAUAUGGGCCUUGGUAAGACUCUUCAAUCAUCUGCAAUUGUGGCAUCCAAUAUAGCAGAGCACAUUGCUGCAAAUGGCAGUGAGGAGUUGCCACCUUCAUUAAUUAUAUGCCCAUCAACCCUUGUUGGACACUGGGUCUAUGAGAUAGAGAAAUUUAUUGACCCUUCACUUUUGUCUACACUUCAAUACAUUGGUUCUAAUCAAGAGCGAACCUCUUUGCGUUUGCAAUUUAACAAGCAUAAAGCAAUUGUAACUUCAUAUGAUGUUGUCCGCAAAGAUAUAGAAUAUCUCGGACAGCUUUUCUGGGAUUACUGUAUUCUGGAUGAAGGACACAUUAUAAAGAACUCGAAGUCGAAAGUCACAUGUGCUGUGAAACAACUCAAGGCUAAACACCGCCUCAUCUUGAGUGGAACACCGAUCCAGAACAAUGUGUUGGACCUGUGGUCUCUUUUUGACUUCCUUAUGCCUGGAUUUCUUGGAACAGAGAGACAGUUUCAAGCUUCUUAUGGGAAACCUCUGUUAGCAGCACGUGACCCUAAAUGUUCAGCAAAAGAUGCCGAAGCUGGGGUGCUAGCAAUGGAAGCAUUGCACAAGCAAGUUAUGCCUUUCCUCUUACGUCGAACAAAAGAUGAAGUUUUAUCUGAUCUGCCCGAGAAAAUCAUUCAGGACAGAUAUUGUGACUUGAGCCCGAUUCAGUUAAAAUUAUAUGAACAGUUUUCUGGUUCACAUGUAAAAGAAGAAAUCUCAGAUAUGGUUAAGCAAAACGAUGAGUCUGGACCGGCACCCAAAGCUUCUACUCAUGUUUUCCAGGCACUUCAGUACUUGCUAAAACUUUGUAGUCAUCCAAGACUGGUUAUUGGUGAAAGAAGUCCAGAUUCAUUAUUACCUACACUAGCAGAAUUUUUGCCGACAAAUCCUGAUAUCAGUUCUGAGCUACGUAAAAUACAUCAUUCGCCUAAACUUGUUGCACUUCAGGAGAUAAUGGAGGAGUGUGGUAUAGGUGUAGAUGCAUCGAGUUCUGAAAGCACGGUUGCUGUUGGACAGCAUAGAGUUCUGAUAUUUGCACAACAUAAGGCAUUCUUGGACAUCAUCGAGAAGGACCUGUUUCAGGCUCAUAUGAAAAACAGCGUUACGUACUUGCGGUUAGAUGGGUCAGUUGAACCCGAAAAGCGGUUUGAAAUUGUCAAAGCUUUCAACUCGGACCCUACGAUUGAUGCUCUGCUGCUCACAACACACGUUGGUGGCCUAGGUUUGAACUUAACAUCGGCUGAUACCCUUGUUUUUAUGGAGCAUGAUUGGAAUCCCAUGAGAGAUCAUCAGGCCAUGGACAGAGCACACAGGCUAGGUCAGCGCAAGGUUGUCAAUGUCCAUCGUCUGAUCAUGAGAGGCACCCUGGAGGAGAAAGUGAUGAGCCUGCAAAAGUUCAAAGUUUCAGUCGCUAAUGCUGUCAUCAACGCGGAUAAUGCCAGCAUGACUACAAUGAAUACUGACCAGUUGCUUGAUCUGUUUACUUCUGCCGAAGGCAAACAGGUAUCAAAAACUUCAAAAUCUUCACAGGGAGAUCCGGAUGCAAAACUACCUGUCAAGGGCAAGGGUCUCAAAGCCAUUCUUGGGGGACUAGAGGAACUUUGGGAUCAGUCGCAGUACACUGAAGAAUACAACUUGAAUCAAUUCUUGGCAAAGCUAAACGGCUGAAUCAAUCGGCACGCAGGUUUCUUUCGAGCCCUUUUGAUUUGCUGCCGGGAAGCACACGAUUAUAUCCAUCCAUCCCUGGGAUCACACGGCAGUGGAUGAACCAUCCAAAGUGUAUAUUCUUUGUGGGUGCAGCAGCUCCAAUUUUGACAGUUUUAACUGUAGCUGCCUUCUCUUUAUUGCUCUCAUUUCAUAUAUUAACUGCUCCAUUUUUUUAGCAGUACAGUUUGUGCAUGAAUUGCGCUCGCAGGAAAGCCGGCAAACCGUAGUUGUUUGGUCUGGGCAAGUCAAUGCAGUGGCAGCAGAUAUAUCUAUAUCUAUAUAUAUAGCUCCACCUCCAAGGGAAAGCAGGUAUAGACAACAAUCUGUAAAUUUUGGAUGCUGUACAUACUUUCAGACAUUCUUGAUUUACAGUCCAGUCCAAUAUUGAUCA